AACAAUUCUCCGACUUUCUCCCUUCAAACAUUGGCCAUUAUGAGCCAUAGUAUUGGCACCUCACACGACCAUGGAUGAGAUACUUCCACCACAGCUGGACUCUCUUCAUCGUUCUGGACUAAUGACUCAAAGACUUCGCACUUGCGCCUAAAGAACUUAUCCACGAAGCUAUUCACGGCAACAUCACCAGCACAAGACUGAGUGGCUGCGUCAUAGUCACGGCCCAUCGCGCGACCUCAGAAAGCCGGCCCCGUCGCAUCGCUUAGGGGAUCCUGACAAUGGGCAGCACAUCAUGGCCGGCAAGAAACGCCGACGCGCCGGCUCAGUAGCAGCCGGGCUGGACACAACAACUCCUCUAGAAGACGAGCUUCAGCUCCGGCAACAACACCAGAAGCAGCAGCUGGGCGAUGCCAUCAUGUGCAACUUUGCCGUCCGGGAUCGCGACGAGCGUGAUUUCUUUGCGGACUGUAUGAUUCACGGGCGUGCGCCACGCGAGGAUAUCAUGCAGAUGUGGCGGGACAGUCUUAUGCACGGGGUCAACGCAUGGGAUCAGCUCUUUUCCUGUGCGCAAAGUCUGCAGCAGCAAUACCACCGCCGCCACCACCACCAUCACGCGGCUACGGGUGGCCUCUUCGCUGGCUGUGAUGGCUCGCUGGAAGGCACCGAUCUGCUUGGGUUCAUUGCGAGUGUGCUUGCUAUGAGACGUGGGAUGAAGAAGGAGCGUGGUCGUCGUCGUCGACAUGGACAGGUACAGACAUCGCCGGAUGAAGGUCAGCAUGGCGAGGGGGGAAAGACAGGACAGCCUGCCAGCCUGGAACCUAAAGAGUCCAAAGUUACAGAGCUGGGCUUGAAAAAGCGCGUUGCAAAAAAGAGAUCGAAGAAAGCGGCGGAGUCGCCGUACUGGUCGGCCACUCCUGCGAGCGGCGAUGAGAGAACACCAGACGUGGAUUCAGAUCUGCGAAAACAACUCAAUGAGAAGCAGAGCCCAAGGAAGGUCGAGCGGCGCCGUUCUCGUCGACAAAGCAUAGCCGACAUCAGUAACACCAGUAACAUUGGCGGCCUGCUCGUCGACCGCGCCGCAGCUUUACCUAAAGACCUUGAAGCCACAGCCACGGCUGAACACUCACCACUUUUGGCGGCCGUCCCUUCGCAACCCAACACGACCCAAGUUCUCAACCUUAGCCGGAAAGUCAAAAUCUCGAGACAGCCCGAAACACCCAAACGAGUGACAUGCUCCUCCUUCUUCACCACACCGACGCCAACAAAAGCAGCACCCAUUGCUGCGACGACGCUCUCAGCAUUAAAGACCAAAACCCCCCGCCCGCCUCGCGGUACCGUGAGCUGCCUGCCUUUCCCGCGCCUCGACGCGCCGUCUUUCGGACUCGCCCAGGAGCGAUACACGCACGACCCCUUCCGGCUGCUGAUUGCAGUCACGUUCUUGAUCCGCACGGCGGGGCGGACCUCGAUGCCCGUGUUCCGCGAGCUGAUGGACAAGUACCCCACGCCGCGGGCCCUGGCGGACGCCGAGCCGGCCGAGAUUGAGCUCAUGAUCCGCCAUCUGGGACUCUCGAACAACCGCACUGCCACGAUCCAAAAGUACGCGAGGCUGUGGGGGGAGAACCCCCGCAGCCUGGGGUGCGACGGCCGAGAUGUCCGUGCCGGGGAGCGGCUGGAGGCUAGUGACCCGCGAGAGUCUGCUUGGGAGAUUGGCCACCUAACUCAGGGCCGCUACGCGAUCGAUAGCUGGCGGAUUUUUUGCCGGGAUGUAUUCUUGGGCAGGGCGAGUAAUGAUGAUCCCAAUGGCGGUGAUACGGGAGACGACAAAGAUGAUGAAGGAAGUAUCCCGAAGAAGACAAAGAAGAAGAAACCAGUCAAGCGGAGGAGGGCGGUGAAUAAGACCCAGAGCAACUUCCAGCCUGAGUGGAUGCGGGUACUACCAGAGGACAAGGAACUACGAGCUUAUCUACGGUGGAUGUGGAUGCGGGAAGGGUGGGAGUGGGAUCCUCACACCGGCGAGCGGACUGUUCUAUCCGCGGAGAUGGCUGAUGCCGUACAAGAUGGGAGAGUAGUCUGGGAUAACACAGGCAAGCUGGUAAUUGUGCCUCAGGAGAGUGAAGAGCUUGAGGUAGAGAGUCUGUCCCGAUGAUGGCGGCGGUAUGGUGCCGGGUUCAUGUCGAGGAUGAGGCCUAUGAUGGUUGAGAGGUAUUUUGGACAACUGAAAUAUACCUCCAUGGUCUUUGAGCAUCGACAAGACAUCAUCGGUCACUAUGAGGAGACUGAAAAUCAAUAUGUGGGUGUCUCUUGCUGACCGUUGUUGCAAUAUGUGGGCUCCCUGGCGCAAAGUGUGUACAGCACAACUGCGAAACGCAAAAUCAAUGGCAGAAUGAGGUUGCAUUUCUACAACUUCAGAACAGGACAUAAUGGCCCCCG